AUGCAGACUUCUGCCCCGAGGAAGUCCGUUCUCGUUUCUUCCAUGUCGCCUCCCCCCGCGAAGAGCCUUUCUACACCCUGUCCAGCUCUGGUUUCUGUCCGCGCCCCAAAUUCACAGGGCCCAACGGUAUCACGCCGCUCUUCUGUGAAAGCAGCACUAGCAAUGGGUCCAGAGUCUCAAGGAACAGUCCAAAAUAAGCAGCAAACAAUUGCCGGUCUGACACCUGAGAAUGACCAUGUCAUGUCUGCCCUGAAUGCGGCAGAAUCUCACUUGAAUGAUCUGUACGGUGAUCAGGCGCGGAUGGAAGAGGCUGAGAUGGCAGUUCGUAUCUAA